CGUCGUCGUCGGCGAAAAGUAAACGACCGACGACUGAAAGUCCAAGUCUCCAUACACACUGUAAACCCUAACAAUGAAGAAAAAAUGAACCAGAUAGAUUUCCAUUCAUAUAUAUUCCAAGCAGCUGCAGAAACUGAAAUCCUAAAGAAGACAUGGCUGAUUCCGUCUUCAAUCGCUACAUGAUCAUCAACUUUCAUCUCUUUUCAGCUAUUCUACUGUCGAUUUGGAUGCUUCCAUCGACGGUCAGAGGAAAUUCGGAAGGGGAUGCUCUGUACACGCUUCGCCGAAGUCUGUCCGAUCCGAACAACGUUCUACAAAGCUGGGAUCCCAAUCUUGUUACUCCUUGUACUUGGUUUCAUAUCACUUGCAAUCAAGACAGACGUGUCACGCGAGUGGAUCUAGGCAAUACAAACUUGUCUGGCCAUCUUGUUCCUGAACUUGGAAAGCUUGAACACUUGCAAUACUUGGAGCUUUAUAAAAAUAACAUACAAGGUUCCAUUCCCAAAGAACUUGGCAAUUUGAAGAACUUAAUUAGCUUGGAUCUGUAUGGCAACAACAUUUCAGGAACAAUCCCUCCCUCAUUAGGGAAGUUGAAGUCUCUUGUUUUCUUGCGACUUAAUGAUAAUCAGCUAACUGGCCCAAUUCCAAGGGAGCUUGUUGGUAUUUCUAUGCUGAAAGUUGUCGAUGUCUCAAACAACAAUCUUUGUGGAACAAUCCCUACUGUUGGCCCCUUUGAGCACAUUCCAAUAAACAGCUUUGAUAACAAUCCGAGACUAGAAGGCCCGGAGUUGCUAGGACUUGCAAGUUACAAGACAAACUGUUCUUGAACAGAUCGGUGAUUUAUGUUUGGAAAAGUGGUGGUUCCCUUUCCUAGUGAAGAAGAAGAAUAAGAAUAAGAUAAAUGAUUUGGUGCUUAUUAAUGGUUAAAAGUGUGUAACAUAAGUUGCUCUUAUUAUCUGUCAUUAGUGUUUUACAUACUUGAAUCUCAUGUUCAUGUCGAAUAAAUGACUUCGUUUGAGAAUACUGUCCAUCUGAUUUCGUAUCCGAACAAUUGGAUCAUGUUUGAAAACCGCAUUACCUAAUGUUAUUAUAGUUCUUCA